UCAGGUGAAGGUAGCGGAAGUUCUCAAAAAAAAAAAGGUGAAGGUAGCGGAAGACCCACCGUCCCACCGCAAACCCUACCAGACUGUCCGGCGGCGGCUCCGACAGCAACAUGGCGCUGCGCUCUCUGUCGAGAGGGUUCCCGGCCGGUGUUCUCCGGCAGGCAUCGCCGGCGGCCGGCUUCCGCCUCAUGGGCACCCGCUGCCAGUCGAAAGAAACGCAAGAAGUGUUGGCCAGUCUGCAGAGCGCGAUGAAAGAGACACCCUCCGAACGCCACCUGCUGCUACACCAACAAUUCACCGACUUUCAGGAGAAAACGAGCCGUGAUCUGGAGAGGAUGUUGAAGUCUGCCAACAACAUGUUGAAGGCUUCAAAUGCAUUGCUUGGUGUUACAAUCCUCGGGGUUCCGUUGCUUCUCAUUGCGGGAAGCAAGGAUCAGGCUUGAGAACCUCUUACCGUCGCUUCCUGGUACUUUGGAGCGAGAACCAACUCAGUAUCCAUGUGACAUCACCGGUCUAGUUUUGAAUUGAAGUCGCAAUGUUACUUUAUAAAAAUUUGAGCAGUGCGUCCAACUUAUGUCUUUAUAUCUUUGCCGGGCCUGGUCUUAUCUCAACUGAAUUGAGUACGCAUACAUGAUUAUAUGCACUCCAUAAGACCUUAGAGAACUUCUAUAGUUUA